AUGUUGUCUCAACGAAGCUUCUUGUGUUUGGUGCUGGCCACCGCGCUCUGCGCGGCAUCGAGCGACAAAGACAGUGAUGCAGAAGUCAAUUCGCCCAUCUUUUUGGUCAACGGCCGCAUCACCAACCAAGUGGCUCGCGUGCUUGUCGAUUGCCGCCACACCGAUCCCGAGCUUCGUAAGAGCUGCUCGGCACUCGAGUACACCCUUGAUGCUCCUGAUCACCACACGGAGGUGGUACACUUGACUGACAUGCCCAUGAUCCUCAAGAUCAAUCGUCUCAACACUUGCCACCAGUACACCUUGACCGUGCAAGUCAAGGACCAGCCUGAGACAGCCAUCACGAGCCACUUUGCUACCCCGUGCCCAGACACGGACCACCGCCGCAUGAUCGUGGUCUCGUGUGAUCGUUUUGCCGAUGACCCUAACGACGAUGCUUUUCUUGAGGCCUUUGCGGAUCGGGCCGGCCCCUUUGAUGUCAUGUUUCACAUGGGAGACCAAAUCUAUGCGGACAAAUUGCUCAAACUGGAAGCCCAGACGAUUGAUGAGGCAAUUCCCCUGUAUCGCGACCUCUAUCGAGAGGCCUGGUCGCGGCCUGUGAUGCGCCGCUUCCUUUCCACUGGUUCCCAUAUCAUGGUUCCCGAUGAUCAUGACGUGAUGAACGCGUUAAGCCCUGAAAACGUCCUCGCGAGCCGCGACGACCCGUAUUGGGUGGCCGGCCAGCGUACCACUUAUGAGUUCCAGCGCGCCCUAUGGGUUGAUGUUUUGGAGCUCAGCAAGCUGUCGGCUGAUAACAUUGGCAAGGAAGAUGCACACCCCGGCGUCCAUGCGUUCAUGCGAGUUGGCAGUACGGCUGUGGCCGCUCUUGAUACCCGGUUUUACCGCAGUUAUGCCUCGCCAAAGGCGCCCUAUGAGCUGCUGGGCGAGAAGCAGACGAAAUCCUUCCUGACACACUUGCAUCGUUGGGUCGAAGAUACAAAUGUCAACUCCAUCGUUAUCCUGACGGGCCUGCCCCUCAUGUGGCCAUCUGAAAUGCUCUCUCAUGUAGCCUUUGCCAUUGAAGGUGAUAAGUAUCCCAUGCAUCCCACCCAUCGUGAGAAUCUGAUUACGAUUCUUGACGCCCUCCACGAGGCGCAGCGGGUCAAGGACGUCAUUCUCAUCGGGGGCGACGUCCACGUCUAUUCGGAAAUGCAACUGUGCCGCUCUGAUGAUGGCGUGCAAACAGGCUGUCUCACCUCGCUCACGUCCUCAGGCCUUACGCGCAGCGCCUCAAUCAUCAGCUCAGCCAAGCUCAUGCUCUUUGACUCAGUCCUGUACUGGCUGCAACCGGCAUUCCAUUACUUUUCCAGUGACGGCGUGCAUCACCGCUGGGUCGGUCGCUUUCAACAGUUUUCAGUUACGGACAACGCCGUCAUUCUCGACCUGAAUGCCUCUGGCACAGGCCGUGAGCACCAUGUUGUGCGCCCCUUUCUGCGCCCCCUCGCCUUUGGAGACCAGGUUCGCAAGCUUGUGUUCUUUGACAUCAGUUUUCCUCUGUUGGCACUGCUUCUUCUGGCACUUGCCGCCAAGCUCGUUGGUAUGCUCGCGGCCUGCCGAUGCUGGGGGGCUUCUCGAAAGGUCAAGUCGGAAUAG